AUGAAAUAACAUAUAUUCGCACUGUUUUAUUGGUAAACCAAAGCAAAACAAACAAAGGCAAAUCCAUUAGUAUCGUACUCGUAGUUGCGGCUUCUGCAAUUUUCUUGUGCGUCUAUAUAUUUAGAAACUAGUGGGUGCCUACUUAAAAAUCUUAUAGCAUCAUAUUGAAUACAAAAGGAGAUAAAUAUGAUGAACGUAAGGAAUAUGAACAUCGGAAGCCUCGUCAUCAAAUCAGGACGUGGAAUUUCGACAACAUCCCAGCAUUUAGCAGAUGCGGACUCUUGGCUGAGUAAGUUAUUGGUUCGUAGAAUUGAGCCAACCAAGGAGCCCCACAGUCGCAUGUUAAGUGAUAAAGAAAUUAUUUAUGCACUUCAUACCCACAAUGUUAGGACUGAUUCCAUGAAACAAUAUAUUGACAACUAUAAAACCACAGUGCAGCUUGUCCAAUCGAAAAAAGACGACCUGAGCUGUUCCUUAGUUGCGUCCUGGAACGUGCAAGUAGGUGAUAUGGAUCAGUGUUUGCAUUUAUGGAGAUAUACUGGUGGUUUUGAAAAAAUCGAUCAAGCCAAAGAAAAUUUGUGGAAUGACCCGGAGUACCUACGAUUGAUGAAUGAACGUGGAAAAUUUUUGAGGUCUCGUCAUCUACAGUACUUGCUUGCAUUCAGCUACUGGCCACAAAUCAUGAAUAGAUCUGGAAAAAACAUUUACGAAAUGCGAUCCUACCGUCUUAAACCAGGAACAAUGAUUGAGUGGGGUAACAACUGGGCACGAGCUAUAAACUAUCGUCAGAAUAAUAACGAAGCUUUUGCUGGAUUCUUCUCACAAAUCGGUCGUCUCUAUAAUGUUCAUCACAUUUGGUGUUAUAAAAAUCUUCAAGAACGCAAGGAAACUCGAGAAUCAGCAUGGCGUUCACCGGGAUGGGAUGAGUGUGUUGCCUAUACAGUGCCAUUAAUAAGAGAGAGCCAUUGUCGUGUUCUGACUCCAACUGAAUUUUCUCCAACCCAAUAAGAAUCACGUAUAAAACGUGCAUUUAAAUAAUAAUCUGUUACAUUUUUUUUUUACUGUAAGCACAAAAAUGAUUCCGUUGUAUACUUUAAACGAAAAAAAUAAAAAUUCAUACACAUUAUACUCAUUAUAAAAUAAAAGGAAAAGACUAAGGACAUGUCUAUAAAAAAUAGUCGACAAGGUAAAGACCAAGAGAAGGUUUCGUUUUAAACGUGCAUGUCCGUAGCCACUUCCUAAAGAAAUUCCUGAAUCUGUAAUUUAUUUUGUUUAGUAAAAAAUUUGCUUAGAAUAUAAAAUGAAUUGUUGUAUAUUUCAAAAAAUUUGUAUAUUUUUGUUAAAAUUUUGUUCAAGUUAUUAAAAGUGGAUAAUUGUUAGUAUAAGAACAGCAUUUAUAAAAACGAAAUAAACUGAAAACUCAAAAUUCAAA